AUGUCAAGAAAAAAAUGCUCUUUCACCGAAUUAGAGAGAUUAAUUAAGCAGGCCCAGAAGACCAAAAAAAAAGCCAAUCAACAACUUCGCCGUGCUAAAAAAGAGGCUCAAACAAGGUUAAACAAACAAGACCCCAAACAAUCUCCUUACUUCACCCCUCACUUAGACCUAUCCCCCCACUUAGCCCAGCGGGCUUAUCAGGAGGAAUUAAUUAGUCAGGCUAACCAAUUAAAGUAUUACAAGGACAAAAUUGGUUCCUUAAAUCCUAGCACCAAGGAAUUUCUAAAAUCCGAACAAUUUAAAUAUUUUUUUCCGGAAAAAGGAGAACAUAAAGAAUUAUUUCGACGCCGUAAAGAAUUUAUUGCUGAAAGAGAAAAGAUUUUAACAGAAUUUAAGGGGCAGCAAGUCAAAAGUCUGAAUAAAUAUUUUAAAAAUAAUACUGAUUAUCCUUUUUCUUAUUCACGCAAGCACUAUCUGAGGGCUAUCGGUAAAAUGUUAAGAAAAACCGGACACGAAGGAGAAUUAGUUCCCGAUAGUGAAAUAGAAUUAGACAAAUAUGGCAAUCCUAAAUUUAAAAAGGGGCAAUGA